AAUUUAUUAAAAUCAAGAUACUAAUUAUAUUCCUUGACAAGUGAUCACAUCAUAAUCUGGUGCUAAACAUAUCAUUGAAUGGAUUUUAACAGAAUCCAAUGCCAAAAUGAUAAAACAAAAAAAAAAUCAUAUCGAUACUAUCGAUAGUUGAGAAAAACGUGAAGCCAUAUGAAAGAUUCAAUUUUUUUGGUGAUAUUGGAAAAUUUGUCAUAUUGAAAUCGCGAUUUCGAAUCUAAAUAAUGGUUUGGCCGCAUAAAAGUGGUUUUGGUAUUAAACUGGUACGUAUGGGCUGUAAAAAUCGUCCAUAUUAUCAAAUCGGUGCAAUGCCAUCUCGACGACGUACCGGGCUAUUACCGGACGAAGUAAUCGGUUCAUUGGAUCCGGUACCAAAUGAACGUAAUGAAAUUGUUGCCGCUGUCGAUCUGAGUCGUCUAUCGUAUUGGAUGGGACGUGGAGCACGUCUUAGUGUUGGAAUGCAAACAUUACUUGGUUUAGCUGGAUGGACACCUGUACCACCACAUGUAUACAUCAAAGCAAAACAAGAACGUGAUCAAAUGUUUAAAAAGAUUCAACAACAACAACAACAAACAGGUGAAAAUGAACACGAAUCAGAUGAUGGUGACAAUAAUGAAGAGAAAAUUGAAAUCGAAAGUGUACUACCAAAACGAUUACCAUUCUAAUAUAUAAUUUCUAUAUUUUAUGUAAAUAAUAAUUAGAAUCAAUUUUUAUUUGAUAAAAA